AUGGAACUAUUCCGCCUCGUCACCACCGAUGAUUCAGGUCUAGACAUCCGAGACAGACUUGAAGAGGCUUUGAGUGGCCUCCUCGAGCUAAAGCAGUUAGAAUUGCUUACUGAGGUUCUUACCGGCAGCGCCGUGGUUGAUGACAGAUUUGCCGAGUUGGUCUAUACUUCUUGGGAGUAUAUUUGUCGCUUAAACCUCUGGUCCUACAGGUUUGACUCGUUACAGCAAUACCGCCAAUUAAUCAGUUACCGAGAAGUUAUCCGGCCAAUUAUUGAGAGGUUCAAGAAAUCAGAUCGAGCGAAAUUUUCGAGCAUGGAGACAAUACAACAUCAGUGGGGAUUGCCAGUAGCUGAAGUGCUGCCGCAGCAUAUGGCACCUAAGUCGUGGAGCAAGCACCUUCUUUUCUUACUGGCCAUCCUUAGCAAGCAUAAAACCAGGCAAGAGGCAAUUGAACUUCUGGAAGAGAGCAUUACUCAGAGACCUCGGCGAUCUCGUCAGACACGCACGCUGAUGCCUAGUGAUGUGCGGCGUGCUCUUGAAUCCUUAUCUAUUCCUACAAGGUCUUCCACGAGAUCUUCCACGGGAUCUUCUGCUUCAUUGUCCUCGAACGAAAAGAACACACGGGUAGCAGAUGGGUCACCUUCUGAUCACCGUUCUGAUAUUCUUAUUAGCACCUCGUCCACCGACCCUUUGGAACCGUUAAUAGGUGAUGUUCAAGAGCCAUACAACUAUACAUUUAAUUCCACCUUGCUUCCUAAGCAAGCGGAUGACGGCUACGACUGCGAAUGUUCUGCAAUUUGUCUACCGCUGAAAGUCCUGUUGGAUGGGCUAGAGGGCCAAACUUUUCAUAAUACGGAUGGGGUUAUUCUGCAGCUUUUUCAAUGGGCAAAAAGCGUAUCGUGGACAUCAGUCUGUCUUGUUCACCUACAGCGCCUGGCAGAGCUCAAAUUUGGUAAUAUAACGACAUUGUGGUCACGGGAAGAAACUAUUAAGCAGCUUGAAGGUCUGCUCUUGGACUCUCUCCUUUUGGAAGCAAAUAUUUCCCUCCUUCCCUGUCUUAGCGAACAGGUACCCGUUCUCUGA